AUGACCGAUUUUCCCAAAGUGUGGCUUGUGACUGCUUGCUCGUCCGGUUUCGACAAGGAGAUUGUCCUUGCGGCGCUUGCACGUGGAGAUCAUGUCAUUGCGACUGCUCGAGAUCCGACCAAACUUCAUGAUGUCAUAGCGCAAGGUGCUUUUCCCCUUGCUUUGGAUGUCACAGCGAGUGAAACGGAGCUUUCGAAAGUAAUUGACAAGGCUUUAAGUAUCUACGGCACUAUCGAUAUUCUCGUCAACAAUGCAGCAUUUCUACUUGGCGGUGCAAUUGAAGAGUGCACAGAAGAAGAAGCUUAUAGUCAGUUUAACACGAAUGUUUUUGGAGUGAUGCGGAUGCUGCGUGCUGUGCUGCCACAUAUGCGCGAAAAGCGAUCGGGAGUGAUUGCGAACAUCGGUUCGGCAAGUGGCUGGUUCGGUCUUAAAGGAAUGGGUGUGUAUGGCUCCACCAAGUUUGCUUUGGCUGGAUUGACGCUGGCUCUGCAAGCAGAACUCGAGCCUUUUGGCAUUGACGUUACCAUCAUUGAGCCAGGAUCAUUUCGCACUGCCAUGUUGGGAAAAGGAUUUGUAGCUAUGAAAACCUCUAUUCCAGAUUAUCUUCCGCUUACGAAACCUAUGCACGCCCGCAUUAAAAACGUGAGUUUGAAAAUCCCAGAAGCUAUGCAGCCUGGUGACCCAGCCAAGGGGGCGCAAGUCAUUGUCGAGAUGCUUACGAAAAGCGGACGCUGUUUAAACAAGACUAUCCCACGUCGUUUGCUGCUGGGUAAAGACGCUGUCGCAAUUGGAAAGAAAGUCUUGGUCGAGAGUAUUCACGAAUUUGAUGAGUGGGCUGAAAUCGCAGCCUCGACAGACUUCGAUGAUAAUGUCUGUGCUAAUUUGUAA